AUGCCGAGUCGGUUUACACAGCCACCAUUUAAUUCCUACGAUGGGAAAAUGGACCUUGUGGAACAUGUCAGUUAUUAUAUCCAUAUGAUGUCCUUGCAUGCACACAAUGAUGCACUGAUGUGUAAGGUGUUCCCCUCUAGUCUCGGCUCCACGGCCUUGAGAUGGUUUAAUGGAUUACGAAAAGGUUCCAUUCGCAACUUCGCCGAGCUAAUCCACGAGUUUGGAGCUCAAUUCGUGGCGUGCAACCGGGUGCCGCAACUGGUGGACGCACUACUUUCCAUAAAAAUGAGGGUCGGCGAAACCCUUCGAAGUUAUGCCAAUCGAUAUUGGGAACUAUACAAUGAAAGCGGUGGGGGCCAUGAGAAGAAUGCGGCAAGCACCUUCAGGAUGGGGCUUCCCGAAAAUUCUGAACUACAGGAGUCACUGACGAAAAGACCUCCUAAGGAUAUGAGGCAACUUAUGAGGCGUAUUGAGGAUAAGCGUCUCGAAGAUGAUCUGCUACAGAAUAAGGGUAAGGCCCCAUUACUCGGUCGCUCUCGACUAGGCGUUUUUCCAACAAGACCAAAAAAGGAUUUCAGGAUGCAGGAACUAGAAGCACAAAUUGAAGGAAUGAAUGUGGCGUUCAAAGAGUUGGUGCACAAAAUCUUAGAUCGGAUUAAGAAGGAGUCGUUCUUUAGGUGGCCGAACAAGAUAGGGGUCGACCCAUCUCAGAGGAAUCAAAACUUGUACUGCACAUACCACAGAGAUAAAGGGCACACCACCAAGCAGUGCUGGGUAUUAAAAGAUCAUCUGGGACAACUAGUGAAGGCAGGGUAUUUGAAAGAGUUCGUAGUGGAUUCCGAUAACUGA